CGUUCCCUCCACCUUGCUUCAUCUAUCUAUCUAUAUAUUUUUCCUUGCUGGCUUCACCACUUCACCAUGAGGGGAUGCAGCUACUUUACUUCCUUAUCAACCACCACCACCGAUUAGCUGCUCUUCUUCUUCUUCUUCUUCCUCCUGCUGCUCCAGCUAGGACUAGCAGGCAUCCUUCCUUGUUGCCAUGCGUGCAUCAUAAAUUAAUUGAUUAGCUAGUUAGUACAUCGACUGCAGACGGGGUAGGAUGCAGCAGGCAGCAGAGGCGGAGGGCAGCAACAGCAGCGUGCACACGGUGAACGCGGCCGCCGUCGUUCUGGCCGCCGCCGCCAGGAGCAGCGACGGCCUCCGACCCCAGCUCCACCAUCUCCAGCAGGAACAGCUCCACGGCCACGACUCCGACUCCGCUACGAAGAAACGGUGGUGGUCGCGGCUGUCGGCCACGCUCUGCUUCCGGCCUCACCACCACGGCCACCCGCGCCGCGUCAUCGCCGCCGCCUACGAAGACGGCGACACGCCUUUGCCACGCGCGGCCGCCCACACCGCAUCCGCGUCGGCCUACGUGCACCAGGCCCCGCCGGCGCAGCCAGUGUUCGCCUUCGCGGCGCCGCCCUCGUCGCCGGCCUCCUCGCUCUUCCAGUCGGAGGCGCCGUCGCCGGUGCUCCUCGACCUCCACGGCACGGCGGGGAGCUCGCCCAGCAUGUUCGCCGUGGGGCCCUACGCGCGCGGGCCGCAGCAGCUGGUGUCGCCGCCGGUGCUCUACUCCGCGCUCACCACCGAGCCGUCCACCGCGCCGCGCACGCCCCCGGCCACCACCGGGCCGUCCUCCCCCGAGGUCCCCUUCGCGCGCUUCGUCCACGACGGGCACGAGCUGCUGUUCCACCACGCGGCGUACCAGCUGCGGCGGCAACCGGCACCGCCCCUCGCCUCGCCGGGACCGGAGGCGGGAUCCCCUUCGUCGCCCUCCUCGCCGCGACUGUUCCGGAAGCUGCACCGGCGCAACGUGCAGGGCUCGCUUCUCGACGGCCACGUCCCCGUCACCUCCUCCUGUGAAGGCGCCGACGCGAGAGAGCAAGAGGACGACGAUGUGCCCGAUAGCGCCGGGGAGUUCGUGUUCGGCAAUGCCGAUGGUGGUGUCGCCGCGCCGGAGGAGGGCAUAGACGGCAAGAGCUGGCAUUUCUUCCCCACGGCCGAGCAUCAUGCUAAGAUUUGAGUCAAAACCUCUAAACUUUUCCUGCUCUGCUCUUGGCUGCAA